GGUCGUCAUAUAGAAGUCGGUCCGUCCAAGUGAAACGUCGACGGCGAUCAAUCGCGAUAAUAAAGAAGCGUCAAAUUUCCCUUCAUCGGAUGACGAAGCCAGAAAAUUAUUCGAGAAAGUUGCAUGUGUUAUUUUUAGUGAAUCGAAUAACGAUGAGAAAUAUAUUUGGCACCGCCGUCUAUUGAUAACGAUGUGUGCACAAUGAUAGUGAAAGUUAUGAUUAUUUUCAAGAUUUUUUGAUAGAUAGACACGUUUAGAAUUGCAAGUGAAUACUUUCGAAUUAUCCAGAGUCUCUAAGUGUUAUUUGCAUCCCGACUUACGAAAAUGGACUACUACGAAGAUUGUUAUCAGAGCUAUAAGGAAUACUGCGAUACAGUCAUGGCCGAAGACGCGCCAGCUCAGAAGUUUAUAAGACCUGGGAGUCACAAGGGCAAGGGCAUCGCCGUGUUCACCAGUGGAGGCGACUCUCAGGGAAUGAAUGCCGCUGUACGAGCGGUCGUGAGGAUGGGCAUUUAUCUCGGUUGUAGGGUGUACUUUAUCAGGGAAGGCUAUCAAGGCAUGGUGGACGGUGGACCAAAUAUCGAGGAAGCUACAUGGUCAGCCGUGUCUUGCAUCAUUCACAAGGGUGGUACAGUAAUCGGUUCUGCUCGAUGCCAAGAAUUCAGGGAGCGUCCUGGUCGUCGAAAAGCCGCUAAGAACUUAGUUAAUCUGGGCAUAACUAAUUUAGUAGUGAUCGGUGGAGAUGGCUCUCUCACGGGUGCGAAUCUCUUUAAAGAGGAGUGGCCCUCGCUUCUGAAGGAGCUGGCUGAAUCAGGUGACAUAACUGCCGAACAAUUAGAGAAGUACAAGCACUUGCACAUCGUCGGUCUAGUAGGUUCCAUCGAUAACGAUUUUUGCGGUACUGAUAUGACGAUUGGUACCGAUUCCGCGUUGCAUCGUAUCAUUGAAAGUAUCGAUGCUAUAGCUAGUACAGCCUACUCGCAUCAGAGAACGUUCAUAAUGGAAGUCAUGGGUCGUCAUUGCGGUUAUCUGGCUCUGGUGGCAGCUAUAUGUUGCGAGGCUGAUUAUGUUUUCAUCCCAGAAUGGCCACCCGAGCAGGAUUGGCCCAACAAGCUGUGCAAAAAGUUGUUGCAGGAAAGACUUACUGGUCAACGGCUUAAUAUUAUUAUUGUGGCUGAAGGAGCUGUCGACAGAAACGGUGAUCCAAUCACUGCUGAUAAGGUGCACAAAGUUGUCGUGGAGAAAUUGCAGCAGGAUACGAGAGUUACAGUCUUGGGUCAUGUACAAAGAGGUGGCAAUCCUUCAGCUUUCGAUAGAGUUUUGGGAUGCCGGAUGGGAGCUGAAGCCGUGAUGGCUUUAAUGGAAGCAACCCCCGAUACGGAAGCCUGCGUUAUUACGUUGGACGGUAAUCAAGCCGUAAGAUUACCACUUAUGGAAUGUGUUCGUCGUACGAAGGCCGUGGCGCAGGCUAUGGCUGAUAAAAACUGGGAUCUUGCUGUUCAACUUCGAGGAAAGGGCUUUGAGCGUAACUUGGACACGUACAAAAUGUUGACUCGUUUGAAAGCGCCGCAUCUAGUAGAUCUUAACAAGGAAGUUAAUGGCCGCACAUUACCGAAGCAAUACACUUUAUGUGGACAAGAUCAUUAUACAUUGGCGGUCAUGCACAUAGGAUCGCCGUCUUGCGGCAUGAACGCGGCGGUUCGUUCCUUCGUGAGGAAUUGUAUCUAUCGAGGCGAUAAGGUAUACGGUAUCGGCGACGGAGUGCUGGGCCUGAUAGCUGGUAGACUGAAAUUGAUGGACUGGCCGUCCGUCACCGGCUGGGUCUCGGAAGGUGGCGCGAAAUUGGGAACGAAGCGCGCACCGCCCACGGAGGAUCAGUUGCCUCAAAUCGCUCAGAAACUUAAAGAAUUUGAAAUACAGGCAUUGCUUAUCAUAGGUGGAUUUGAGGGUUUUCAGACCGGUCUCACAUUUUACAAGGCAAGGGACAAGUACGACGAGUUCAGAAUUCCUAUCGCUAUGAUUCCCGCGACCAUUAGCAACAAUGUACCGGGCACCGAGUUUUCAUUGGGCUGCGACACAGCUUCGAAUGAAAUUACGGAAAUUUGCGAUCGCAUUCGACAAUCGGCGCAAGGUACUAAACGUCGCGUGUUUAUAAUCGAGACGAUGGGUGGUUACUGCGGAUAUUUAGCGACCAUCGCUGGUCUAGCCGGUGGCGCCGACGCGGCGUACAUCUACGAGGAGAAAUUUAACAUUAAAGAUUUGAAUCAAGAUGUUAUCGCGAUGGCGGCAAAGAUGUCAGAAGGCGUCGAGAGGGGUCUCAUUAUCAGAAACGAGAAUGCCAAUGAGAAUUACAAUACAGAGUUUAUGUUUAGACUUUUUAGCGAGGAAGGAAAGGGUCUAUUCAGUUGUAGAAGGAAUAUACUCGGUCACAUGCAGCAAGGAGGCUCGCCAACGCCUUUCGACCGUAACUUGGGUACGAAGAUGGGUUCUAAGGCGGUGGAAUGGUUUAGCGACCAAUUGAGAAAAUGCACUAGUCCCGAAGGCAAAACGUUCACUACGGCAGCGGACAGCGCGGUGAUGCUCGGUAUCGUCAGACGUCAGUACAGAUAUACACCAUUCAUGGAACUUAUGGAAGUUACCGACUUUGAGCAUCGCAUUCCGACAUAUCAAUGGUGGAUGAAGUUGCGUCCGUUAUUAAAAGUAUUGGCGAAGCACGAGUCGACGUACGAAGAGGAGGGUCUUUACAUAACCGUCGAAGAGAUGGACGAACAAAAGGAUCCGCCACUUGUAUAAACCGUGAGAUUAAUCUAUUAAGAAGCGCCAGUAGAUAAUGCAAAAUGGAUGUCAUGUGAAUAGGCGCCGAUUAUUAAAAGUAUUGCAGUAUUGUAUGAAUUAUAUAACAAUUUUAUUGCUGCUCUCGACGAGAAAUGAAUCUUAUAUUUGUUUAUUGAAUUAUGUGUAUUUGAAAUUUUUAAUUGUGUAUAUAUUAGUGAUCAUUAUUUAAGAUCUACAAGUGAAUUUUCAAUGCGUAUAACUUGAGUAACUUGCAGAUGUGAUAGAAAUUAUAUAAUGUUCUUUUAUCUACUUUCGGCUGUCUCUUGUUCGUAUGUUAAACGUUUUCGAGCUCAGGUAAGAAAUGGGUACAAAGGCAGUACCUGAAGCACAAAGGUAUAAAGUAAUACCUUCAUAACGUGUAAUAUCUAUCUACCAAUUGAUGCAGCUUGCUAAAAGCGAUAUCCUCCAUUGAGACACGAAAUAUGAUAUUGUUAUCUUAUAGUAAUGUUAAAUUCGCAAUGCAUACAUUGAUGCAUAGUAUUGAAGGUAAAUUAGAAAUAUUGAUAUAUGCGAAAUCUAGUGUAGUAAGAUAUACCAAUUUCAAGCGCUAAAAAAUAAUGGGGCAGAGAAUCAUUCUGACGAAAUAUAUAUAAACAUGUGACUAAAUUGAAGAUGUACUGAACUUACAUUUGAUAUGCUGCUCGAACCCAGUACACACACUUUUGGCACUAUAUUUAAUUGUCAUGUAUUCAGCAACAAAACAAUUCACGAAAACGUUUAUUAGCGUCAUUAGCAAAUAAAGAUAUUAUUUGUGCAUUUUUGAUGCUUUGACGUUAUGGAUGCUUUAUGAAUUAAAUAUGACAAUGUCAAAUCUUGUUUUGAUAUUCUGUUUAAUUCUUUAAAUUAAGUUUAGUGGAACGCUUAAUUACUUUUCAGUUGUAGCACGGAUCGAGAAGUAAAUCAGAUUGAGAGAAAUUACAAGAGUUUCACAAGUUAAACAUUCUGAACUCGUAUUUGUGGUCUACUAAGGCAUAGGAUUAAAAGUAAUGCGGUAUUUUGCGUCGGUGAAGGUGUUUAUCUUUCGGUUUAGCGUUUACUCGAAGCUAUAAAAAGCUAUUGGAGAAUAUACCUGUCUACCUCAAAACAUAAUUUUGCAACGGUGAACGAACGACUCGUAGGAAAGAAAUUGACCUGAGUCGGCGCGUUAGUUGCACAUAACGUUAAAAAAAUUUUUGCUAAAAUUUAAGGCUUGUGACCACAAAGUAUUUAGAUUUAAUUCUUUUUCUCUUACUCUACUGUCUAUCUAUCUUUCUAUCUCUCUCUUUCUCUCUCUAUACUCGUAUAUUUAACUUUCAAGAAGAGUAUUAAUCUCAUAAUUGUUUUCGGCGUAUAAGAUAGCGUUCGUCGUGUUCUUACGAGAUUUUAGAACCAGAUAAUUACAUUCUGGUAUUCAUUGAAAAUUGUCUUGUGCAAACUCUUACUCGUGUUCGUGUGAGUUCAUUUAAGUGUCAGAAUAAAAUUGCCGACUCGUGAUUUUAAUGGAAAUACGCGUAAGGCAGCAAAACAACGUGUAUAAUAGCGUAUAAUUUUUUCAUCGUAGUUGAACAUACAAUUUAAGAAUUGUGGAGUGUGUAACGAUUUUCAUUCGACUGCUGAUUAGCAUUCGUAAUGCUACGUUUAAGAUUGGCUUAGUAGGUAGCGAUUAAUGCAUGAUGCGAAAAAACGAAAAUGAUAAACUUCGAAAGUACAAUAAUUUGCGCAUACAUUACAAUUUACUCUAACUAGAGUAAUAAUAUAAAAAAAAAAACAUAUAAAGUAAUAAUACAAAUAUAUAUAUAUAAAUUAUUCGACAAAGUGCUUGUUUAAAAUAUCGUUCCGAAAUAUAUGAUGUCUACUAAUAUAUGACAAAUAAAAUUGCUCUUGUUGAAAAUAAUAUCGCUAAUGACACUUGUUUAAACGAUCACGUAGAAAUAUGAUUUUAUGUCCAAAUUUACUAAUGUAAGUUAACUUUAAUCUCGAUUUAAUUAACAUUUUAUCUUUUCUUUUAGUUCUAAAAAUUAUUGAAAAAAGAUAAAGAGUAAGUUAAACCAAGAUUAAAGUUAAUUUAUGUUAAUAGAAAUAAACAUUAAUGUCUUAUCAAAAGAUUAAACUAUUGAACGAAAUAAAAGUGCGAUAAUACGGGAGUUACAAGGCUCUUAUCGAUUAUUUGUGCAUAAUUUAUAAUUAUAAUCUGUAUCGGUGUGCUUAUUAUAUUUUUCGUAUAUUUUGAUAGAGUUUUUUAUUUCAGGACAAGUAUAUAUUAUAAAUUACAAUUAGGAAUUUUAAUUUUUAUAAAAGUUUUUUAUUUCAAUAUAUAAAUAGACUUCAGAAUCAGGAUAGAAUACCCAAUUCAGAAUUUGAUACAGAUUGGAUAUAUAUAUAUAUAUAUAUUGAGCUUCUGCCGGUACAAAUAAAUUAUGUUGAUAUUUAAUAUUAUUUAAUAUCCCAAUUAUCUAUUUGAUUUGUAUGCGUUGAUUAAAAUACAUGUAUAUAAUUAUGGAGUGCUAUACAUAUAUCGCAUACUACACUAUUCUAGUUAUACAUAUACACAAAAAUGUACAAAUAGUACUUGCAUAAUGUCGAAGUGUUAGCUGCCCGUCACUAACGCAAUAAGAAUAUAAAAAAUAAUAUAUUAUUUUUAAGAUUUUCAGAGAUAUAUUUUUGACUCAUUGUUGAUCAAUGAAUUUACAUCCUACACUAUAUGUAUAGUAUUAGAGUUACCAUAUUUAUUUUUCUUCCGAUAUUUUGAUUAUCGAAUAAUAUAUGUCAUUGCGUGCUCGACGGUGUGGUACACAUAAAAUUGUAAUUUGCCAAUAAUUGGGAACGUCCCGCAAAUUGAUUGUUGCGACGAAACGUUUAAAUUUAAGAGAAACUGCUAUAUAUAUUACGCACGAUGUUGUAUCCAUGUCGUGAAAUAAACUAUAUCUUUUAAA